AUGGUUGCACUGAGGCUGCUGCUGCUGGCUGCGCUGCUGUGGGUCCCUGCAGGGACCCUGACCUGCAUCGGGGAUUCUGGCAAGCCAGUGGACUGGUUUGUCAUCUACAAGCUCCCUGCCAAAUGUCAGAACGGCACUGGGGAGCCCGUGCCCGACGGUCUUCGGUACAAGUACUUGGAUGCCAAAACAGACAGCUGGCAGGAUGGCGUGGGCCCCAUCAACAGCUUGAAGGGAGCCCUGGGCCUCAGCCUGAGACCACUCUAUGAAAAAAAUGCCAACCAGCUCGCCUUCCUGCUCUACAAUGACCAGCCCCCAAAUGCUCUGCUCACCGAGGCGCCCCCUGUUACUCGCGGACACGCCAAGGGGCUGGUGCUCCUGGACCAAGUUGAAGGUUUCUGGCUGAUUCACAGUGUGCCCAGGUUCCCUCCACCUGCCCGAACUCAAGCAUACCGCUGGCCCUCCAACGCGUUCCGAUACGGGCAGACGCUGCUGUGCGUGUCCUUUCCCCUGACUCAGUUCCGAAACAUUGGCAAACAGCUCGCCUACACCUACCCCCUGGUGUAUGACAGUCAGUUGGAGGGGAAAUUCAGAGAGAAGCUGCCUGAGCUGGAGGAUGUAAUUCGGGGCCAACACGUGUCCCAGGCCCCGUGGAACAGUAGUGUGACUCUCACAUCCAGGGCAGGUGCCACCUUCUGGAGUUUCGCCAAGUAUACAAAUUUCGGAGUUGAUCUGUACUCAGGCUGGCUGGCAGCAGCUCUCAGCAGCAAGCUAAGGGUGCAGUUCUGGCGCCGGAAGGUCAUACCCUCUCACUGCUCCGGCCCUUAUCAGGUGUAUGAUGUCACCCAGAUCAGCUUUCCCGGUGGACCAACCUACAACUCCACCAAAGACCACUCCAAGUGGUGUGUUGCCCAGGACAAGCCCUGGACCUGUGUGGCUGAUCUGAAUAGGAACUCGGGGGGGUACCUCCGAAGUGGGGGUGCCCUGUGUGCUCAGAUGCCCAAUCUCUGGAAUGCCUUCAAGGCUCUGGUGAAGGCCUGGGAGCCCUGUCAGAGCAGCUGGCCUUCUCAGCUGUGGGCAGCUUCUCCAUACCAGCUGUGA